AUUAGUUUGUGACAUUGCUGUGCAUACAUCGGUCGAGACAAAGCAGACCGCAAACACCCGAAGAAGAAGCGACAUGAAAUUUCUGAUAAGCUCUGUAUUGUUAUUCGUACGCUACGACACUCCUCUCUUCUGCUUCGCCGAAGAAAAAAAUGUCGAUGCAGAAAAGCUGCUGCAAGUGAGAACGCCAGUAAAGUAUAUUCUGGCUGAAAGUACGGAUGUUUUCUUUGGAUUAAACUCACCCUGUAUGACAUUGGAGAUGGUCAACAGCACACCUCCAUACCUAGUAGUACUUGACUACAAAGAUGAGACACACUGGAAGACACUAGUUUACACAGCUGAAGUGACUUCGUUCACUGCACAAAGUUCAACCAAAAUUAGAACUAUUAUUACAUUCACAGCUAGGGAAACUGAAGCUGUUUACGAUACGGAAUCGUAUGAAGUUACGUACCCCGAGGAACUUUCUUGCUUUGUUCUCUCGCCUACCGGCGCGCCUUCAACAGGCUGCUCUUGGUGGAAAAAGCUCCAAAACUCGCAUGAAAACCAUACGGCGCAUUGCCCGGUUGUACCCGAAGGAGAUAGCUGCAAUGCUCUUUAUGAAAGAUGUAGGACAACAACAGGGGAAGACCAAUGUCUCGCUUGGCUUUGAGAUGUUGUAAUGAAGAUGCGAAAAAAAUACGGAAGAGAGUUUCGUCUAAUUUUCAGCCAAGGUACUCUUUCUGGAUCUUCUGUCGCGUUCAUCAUACGGAGUAUUUGCGUAGUGAACUGCACGGGGUACAAUUACGUGUUACUGGUUGUCAUAAAAUAUAAUAAAUGAGAAGAAAA